AUGCAACGAAACGAUCCUGAGUUUUUCUAUUCAUUUGAUCUUGAUGAUGAUUCCAGGCUUUCAAAUGUUCUAUGGGUUCAUCCUCGUAGUCGAGCUGCUUACGAGGAAUUCAAUGAUGUUGUUAGUUUUGACACUACUUACCUUGUUAAUCGAUACAAGUUGCCAUUUGCCACCAUUGUUGGAGUAAAUCAUCAUGGGCAAUCUAUUUUAUUAGGAUGCGCCUUGAUCUCACAUGAAGAUGUAAACACUUUUAAGUGGUUGUUCAUGACGUGGCUUGAAGCAAUGGAAGAUGUACCUGAGAAGUUUAAGGGUGUUACUGAUUAUGAUAGUGCAUGCCUUGAGUUUAAAGCUGUAAUAUAUGAUAGCUUAACCAUCGAGAUGUUUGAGAGAAAUUGGAAUGAGUUUGUGGUGAAGCAUGGGUUGGAAAGAAAUGAAUGGCUUUCCAAACUAUAUGUUGAUAGGGAGUAUUGGGUUCCAAUUUAUCUCAAUCACACAUUUUGGGCUGGAAUGGUUUCGACUCAAAGGAGUGAGAGCAUGCAUGCCUAUUUUGAUGGGUAUGUUAACUCAAUGAGCACACUAAAGCAAUUUGUGGAGCAGUAUGAGAUUGCUAUGUGUGACAAGAAUGAAAAGGAGUUCUAUGCUGAUUUCAAAUCAAAAAACACAGUUGUAAAUUGCAUAUCUGUUUUUAAAUGGGAACAACAGUUUCAAAAGGCAUUUACUAAUUCAAUAUUCAAGCUCGUUCAAGAGGAGAUUAAACGAAUGUGGUAUUGCCAUGUCAUUCAGCCAACUGAAGAGGGAAGGCGUGAAGCAGAUAAUGAGCCAGGAAUUGAGAGACAUAAAAUUAUGGAGAAAUCCAUAAUCAACAAUCGUUUCAGAGGGAGUUUGUUUAUGAUGUAG